AUGGCAACCCCUCCGACGGAUACGCUCUCCACAACAUCAGUCGCCCUCUCCGUGACCACGGAGCUCUACAAGGAGAAACGCGUAGGCGGGAGAUUCGUCUGUUCGCCACAGCAUCCCAAACGUCAAGCGUUAAACUGCUUCUCUCCGGCCAUUGCUUAUCAACUUGGGUUUCUCCCGGAACAUUGGGAUACGAGAAACUUGCUGGUGCGAACUCUCAGACGACAUCCCGCCUUGCUUGAUGAAGAUUGCUCCUUCGAAGAUCAAAUAGGCCCUCUUUUCCAUGAACCCGUAAAGAAUCUCAAGAACGUAUGGCGCGAAGCAAAGCCACGGGUAUUCGUUUAUGACAAGAUCGACGAGUGUUGUCCUCCUGAGGAGUAUAAUGGAAUCGUUGACUUCUUCGAUCUUCUGGUGGAUAUCCUUCACUUUGACAACGGUAUCCCAGAUUUCCAUCUGUUCUUUGCUAGCGGGCCCAAGUUCUCCUUGAAGGAGGUCCUUGAGGCGUUUAGUGGUCCAUCCGCCUCUUACAAUCUACAAAUAUCCAACCCAGAACCAGAUUCACCCAUAAGCAUCGUAUCGUUUCAACUUCGCAACCCAGCCCCGCCUCCACCCCCACUCCCACCGCCAUCUCCGCCACCUCCGUCACCACCACCGCCUCCGUCACCGCCACCACCUCCGUCACCACCACCGCCUCCAUCGCCGCCUCGGUCUCCUCCACCGCCACCACCUCCCCCCUCAUCACAGUCGUCCACUGCUCCUCCGUCAACUCAUUCCCAUUCGCAACUCUCAGCUCCUUCUCUGUCCGAGUCAUCUUCAGAGCUGACGCCUCCCUACCUACGCGAGCCGGCUACAAAUACAUCUUAUCAGCCCAAUCGUGUGCUCUUGUCGCAUAACUUCUACCCCGGCGAGGAUCAUGUAGACGAUCAGCAUUCUCAAGAGAUAUUGGCUUUCCGGUGCUUCGAGUAUAUGAACUACAAGUUUCAGGAGGACGUUUUUCAGGGACUGGGCAGUCUGGAGACACUGGCACGAAAUGAAGAGGCGGCGCCUUCGUCAGCGUUGUACUAUUCGUGCAUUCAUUGGGUGGAUCACCUUUCUCAAUCCGACUGGACCCUUUUGAAGGAUUUCCACGCUGCAGCAGGGACUUUUCUGCGAUACCGCCUCAUUCAUUGGCUCGAGUUUAUGGUCACCGUAAAUCGAGUACACGAUGUCGCAUUGAUGCUUCGUACCGCCUCGAAGGCAGUUGAGGUGAGAAAGCAACUACGACCUGUUAAACAUUCUACCUAA